UUUAGUUUUAGACUUUCUGUAAGCGGAAAGCAGUGCUGUUUAUUAAUCGCUGUUGAUGAAAUAAUAAAUUUUUUAUCCAGUUUUGUCUUGUUAAAUUUUUUAUCCAGUUUUGAUCCAUCCAGUUAAAUUUUUUAUCCAGUUUUGACUCGCCUGAUCUGGUGUGAUCGAUAUCACGCGUUAACCAUUUUUUUUUCGCAUGGAUGCUAUACUACUCAGUAUUAGUAACUCCAGUUUUAUUUCAUAAAUACGGGUACAUUACAUAUCGAAAAUAGUUAGUCACGAAUUCACAGCAACAGAAUCUCAUUUAAUGCUGCCAUUGUUCCAAGUACACAAGUGGCGUUGCCUCGCUGAAUUUCCAACGAUAUUCGCUGGCGCAGGAACUCAUGGGAACGAGGUUCACCUGUUUGGAGCUGGAGUCGUUUCCCAAUUUCUUUAAUUAGAGCGAUGGCCGACUUUCCCCACGGUCCGAGAGUUUCGAAGGCUAAAGGCGCGAAGAUGUAUCUUCCCAACAGAUACAUGUACAGUCGCACUUUUUUAUCUUCGGCCUGUGCUGCGGCGGAUCCAGCAGAAGCUGACGUGGAUUUUAAGUGAGACAAGGCGACGGUAUCGACACAGGUGACGUCCCACGCCAAGCACAUACCGCGUUUCCAGGCGAAGGUCGUGCACCCAUCCGGGCGACGAUCCGACGUGUGGGAUGUUCCGCGCGUAUUAGUACAGUAUUAGUACUUUUUGGCUGCGUUGAGCACAGUUUGCUGCAGCGUGAUCUGCUCGUGAAUCUUCUGUCAUUUUGACGAGCGUAAUCCCUAAUCAGUGCUUGCGAACCUGACAACAAAUACCACUAGCUUUUCCGAUUUCUGGGCGCGUUACUGUCCGAUUUCUGGGCGAGCUGUAACGCCGUUACAGCUCGGAAAACUGCGCUGCUGUGGCCGCAUAACUGCAUUGCACGGAUGUCUGACGACGCGUGUCGCCACAGCGCCCGCCCCGAGGAACGCCAGACUGACUAUUUAAACGGCCGCUUCCCGGCGCUCCCCGCGGACGUCCUGCGCCCGUGGACGUCCCACGAGAUUGUUUCCGUGGUGGGGCAAGGAGCGGGGGGCUGCGUCGUGCGCAUCCGCCCUACGGACGGCAUUCGCGUGGGUGCCUGUGCGUGGAAACAGUGCAGCCCCCGCAAAUACAGCAACGACGCACAGUCACGCGCCCGUCGGCUUUUGGAGACGCUGGCGGAGGUGCAGCGCGCCUCCGCUGACUGCGCCGAUCUUCUCCGCGUUUUUCACUGGGAGUGGGUAAUUCGUCAGGAACAUCUGUACAUUUCCCUCUACACGGAAUACUGCGACGGCGGCAACCUGGCGGCGAUGGCCAGCGAGGGUCGCAUGACCCCCUUCCGCCUAUACGCCUACGCGCGGCAGAUCCUAGGCGCACUCUCCCACCUCCACGCCCGCGGCAUCCUCCACCGCGACCUCAAGGGCGAGAACGUCUUCCUCACCCACCACCACGGCCACGAACAAACCAAACUCGGCGACUUCGACUUCUCCACCCUCCUGCGUGACCAAACCUCCUCCCCCGACACCUCCGCGGUCGGCACCCCGCUGUUCAUGGCCCCGGAGGUCCUCCAGGCGGAAGCGGGGGUCACCGGCAUCGGUCCGCCGUCGGACAUGUGGAGCUUCGGGUGUCUGCUGCUGCAGCUAGCCAAUCGCGGGCGCAUUACCCUCCUGGAGACGGCGGAGGAGGGCAACGUGUUCGAGGAGGAGCUCCUGUGGACGUCGGAAGUGGCGCCGACGACGGCCGCCUUCGCGCUGGCCACCGGCGCCACGCCCAAGUUCCUGGCGGAUAACCUCCUGGAUAAUGCGCAGCCGUUGUUCAGUGUGGCACGGGAGUGCUGGCUGGAUUGGGAGCGACGUCCCACCGCUUCCGGUCUGCUGCGGCGGGCUUUAUUCGACGAUACGCUAUUGCUGCAGCCCAUUUAUUCCAACAGCGCGAUAAUUCAUCCGGUGCCGGAGGGAUGCGAGAUUAUUAUGCUGGAGCCGGCUGUGUACGAAGAAUAUGUUAACGGCGAGUUUGCGCUGCGCUUGGACGUGGCCGCCUACCGGGCGGCGGUGGCUUUUGUGGAGGCGCUUCUGCACGCCGGUGAGCAGUGCCGGCAUCCCGGGAUGCUGUAUCCGCAACGGAUGCUGGACGCCGACGAUCCGGACUCGGUGGAGCGCCACUCGGUGUGGCGCUGUCGCAGCGUCGCGUGGACCAAGCCGUUUGCUAACAGUUUGCGAGUGUCCACCGGCUGGGACGACCUGCAGCACCUCAUCACACGACUGGCCGCGGUGAAGGCUCGUGUCCCCGAGCGGCUGCUGUUCAACUGGACGGACACCCUCAGCCGGCAACUGGAUGACAUUUGCAGUUAUAUCGCCGCUCUGGAUUCCUGUGUGACGGGCAUCUCCGCCCUGAUUUCAGAGUGCUUUGUGCAGUUGCCUUCGGGACUGACGAUAGCCAAGGAUGGUGUUAUGCUGCAGAUUCGCCUGCUGCCGUAUCCGCUGCAGCGCCGUCGCCAAGAACCGCUGAUUGGCCGCGACGCCGUGAUUGGUCAGCUGCGGUUUAUGGAGAGGAUUGUGCGCGUGGUUCUGGCGUCGGAAGCGGAAGCGUGUCAGGGCGAGGUGUACGCCUUGUGCGCCGAUUAUCAGGAGGAGCUGCGUUGGCGGCAACGCAGUCCGGUGGCGCGCUUGUUGCUUGCUGACGGCUGCGGCGAUGCCCAACCGGAAACGGCAGCGGACAGUCUUCUUGACGCGGGUGCGGAUCCCGUGGCUGACGACGCUGAUCCCUUUGGGGAAGGUAGUCCGUUCCAUCUGGCACCGGAUCAGUGUGCACCGCCCCCCGACACACCCUUUCUAAGACGCCUGCGCCGGCUGUGCGCAUAAAAUCUUUACACAGCCGCUCCCAAUGAUGCUCAAUUUGUCCAUCUUUGUUAUAUCAUAUUUUGGUUAUUCUGUUUCUAACUUAAAACUAAAAGUGGAUUAAUUACAACAACAGAAUUUCUCUUAAAUUAUCCGAUUCAUCCAUGGUGUAGAAUUUAUUGUUAAAUUCUAUUUUGGCCACGCCCAUGGACCAUGACAGAUGGAAUCACGGAAUAAUUUUUUUAAACAUAUUGUACUACGGUAGUAUACAAAAAGGAUUAAUUUAUUAACUUAUUCAAAAUCGUCGCAUGAUAAGAAACAUUAACAAUAACA